GGUAAAUAUAAAGCGAACAAUACAUUAUUUUUUAUUCAUUAAUCUUCUAGUUAAAGUGUUAUUUACUCACAUUUUACUAAUAUCCAAACGGUUAAUGAAGAGACUUUUUCGUGAAAUCUUUUGCGCAUGUAGCGUUUCUCGAAAUCAAAGAUGAUGUCAAAAACUAAAAAUAUUACGUAUUCAGUUUUAUAAGACAAAAAGCACACAAGUUCUUUUCAGUAUCUCUGUUUAUCUUUUUUUUUCUUAUUUCUGUUUCUUCACAUUUAACUUUAUGUGCUGAUGUCAUCUUGAUGAUAUCAAACCUAUGGAGCUAUUUUAACUAAACGUAUUCACUGAUCUAGCGUAUUUUCUUUAAACACUAAAAGCGAUUCCCACUAUUGAACAUGUUUUAAACCAGUGCUAGUCCGCCCGGACAAAUCAUGAUCACGUAUUUACAGUCAUUCCCUAUGUUCCUUUUUCUUCCUUUAAUGCCCAACUGGAAAGACCUUCCUCCUGAAGUAUUGAAUAGGAUAUUUAAUAUUUUGGGAUAUCCUAGAGACCUAAAUAACUGUCAGCUGACGUGCAAGGGCUGGUAUUAUCCUGCUCAAUUCCAACUCUAUAGAAACGUCUCUUUUAAGAACAGAGACAGAGACGCCGUUACGCGAUUUAUACAAUGUGUAAACGAAUCAAAGCUAUCGAAUCCUGGACAAUUAGUCAAGCAUAUGCAUCUUGGUGAUUUAUUUGACGAAAUGAACUAUCGUCGUUAUGACGACUAUCUGUCUCAUCUCGCUGACAUUUGCCCAAAUGUUGAAGGUUUAGACGCAGAACAACCAGUAUCAUCCUUUUGGGAGGACUUGGCUUACGUUACUAUCACUCGUUGGCGAAACUUAAAGAAAGUACCUUCGCCCUCUGAAAGUGGAACCAUUGUUGAAUUCGCACUUUCAAUGCUCCAAAUAAGGCAUUCACUCUCAGACAUUACGAUAUCACCAGCCUUUUAUGAAAGCUUGGAAGGAUUGAAGUUUAUUACUCAUCUCAAGCAUUUUACCAAUCUAAAGUCCUUAUCAUUGAUCGAACCAACAACACCGGGCCAUAUCGACGAUCUGAUUCAAGACUGCCAAAAGAUACAAAAAUUGCGCAUCUCGAUUAUAGACGCAGACAACGACAGCUAUGAAGUUGACGCGAAAUAUAGCAUGAACUCACAAAAGAUGCGACCAUACAUAAAAAUAUUAAGCAUUGAUAUAUCAUUUGAUGUCAACUCAUUAAAUUACAUCAUGGACAAGUUUACCUCAUUGGAUUCCCUGACAGUUAACAUCUAUCACGACUCCGACGCACAAUUCAGUGAUACAGCAUUAACGAAAAAGUUUUUAAAUUAUGUCCUGAAAGUGCCCUCCUUCACCAUACGUUCGAUUGGAUCUCUGGACUUAUUCUAUUCACUUAUAUCACUCCCUUUUUCCAUUGCUCAUUUAGACAUCAUAUGCAAGGAUGAUUCAUCUAAACCAUCUCGUCCGUGUGUUGAUCUAAAGUCUGUUAAACUUAACCGAGUCUAUGUUGUCAUUCAGUAUAAACAAAUGAUCAAACGAAGCGAACUGGCAGAUUUGUUUAAGAAGUCAGGAAAAUAUAUAUACAAACUGUACUUUUCAGCAUACGAUUACAGCAAUGAUGACAGUGAGGAGAGUCUAGACUAUUUUAUACAAGACAUUGUUACCUAUGGUCAAGCAUUAAAGCACCUACACGUUGCCACACCUGUUUUACGAAAACCAAUUACAAUAGAAAAUCAAAUUAUUAUGAAUCGGUCAAUCACGGGGAUGUCCAUAAAAACCACAUCUAUAGAGCAAGGAGCACUACAGGAGCUGUCUAUUUGGUUACCUCGAUUGGACCGAUUGAGACUGUAUUCUAGACUCGUCAUUGACAAAGACCAAAGAAAUACGGUAAAUAUUGAUAUGCCUCAAACAUCAUUUCGAUACCUUUAUUUGCAGCUACUCGUACUUUUAGAUUCAGCAUUAGAAAAUGAGGCUAUAUAUCAUGCUGAUCCGAGACAUGGGAUAUUUUCUUCACCCGUCAUAUUCUUGACGCUUCACACAGACGAAUUAGGUGAAAAAGAAUAUCUUAUAAAGAGUACAAAAGGCCAAGUAUCGAUCGAACGCUGUAAUCAUCUUGCUGAAGGGCCAACGAUGGUGAGCGUUUAUGUUCACUGUCGGAGGCUCGAAAUACUCUGCAUUAAAGCGAACUCUUUAUUUAUAAAUUUGGAUUUAACAAAACAGGAUAGUAUUCUUUUACAAUAAAAACCUUUUAUUUCACGGC